AUGUGUCUUUUCAAAAUGGUUAUUUCAGGCCACACUUCCCUUAGCUUUGCUGGGAAUAGUUACAUUAAAUACCGCGUUUCUGAAAACAGCAAGAAAGAGGAAUUCAAGUUGGCUCUACGUCUGCGAACCCUGCAAAGCAAUGGGAUUAUAAUGUACACCAGAGCGAAUCCCUGUAUAAUUCUGAAGAUUGUUGAUGGCAAACUGUGGUUCCAGUUGGACUGCGGGACUGGCCCAGGGAUCCUGGGAAUUUCUGGCAGGGCUGUCAACGAUGGCAGCUGGCACUCAGUUUUCCUGGAGCUGAAUCGCAACUUCACAAGCUUGUCCCUGGACGACAGCUACGUGGAGCGCCGCAAAGCCCCCCUCUAUUUCCAGACCCUCAGCACGGAUAGCUCCGUCUAUUUUGGAGCACAGGUCCAAGUGGAUAACGUCCGCAGCCUGACCGACAAGAGAACCACGCAGGUCUUGAGCGGCUUCCAGGGCUGCCUGGAUUCAGUCGUCCUAAACAACAACGAGCUGCCGCUGCAGAACAAGCGCAGCAGCUUUGCAGAAGUGGUUGGCUUGACGGAGCUGAAACUCGGCUGCGUCCUGUACCCCGACGCGUGCGAACGGCAUCCCUGCCAGAACGGCGGCACCUGUACCAGCGUGCCAUCUGGUGGAUACCAGUGCAAUUGCCUCUCACAGUUUACUGGAAGAAAUUGUGAAUCAGAAAUCACAGCCUGCUUCCCAAAUCCGUGCCGGAAUGGAGGCUCAUGCGAUCCCAUUGGCAAUGCUUUCAUCUGCAACUGCAAAAAUGGCCUCACUGGAGUAACGUGUGAAGAAGACAUCAAUGAGUGUGAAAGAGAAGAAUGUGAAAACGGUGGUUCCUGUGUGAAUGUAUUUGGUUCAUUUCUGUGCAACUGCACGCCUGGCUACGUGGGGCAAUACUGCGGUCUUCGCCCUGUGGUGGUUCCCAAUAUACAAGCGGGGCAUUCAUAUGUCGGCAAGGAAGAGCUGAUAGGAAUAGCCGUGGUUCUGUUUGUCAUAUUUGUGUUGAUCAUCCUUUUUAUAAUUUUUCGCAAGAAAGUAUUCCGGAAGAACUAUUCCCGCAAUAACAUCACGCUAGUACAGGAUCCAGCCACUGCCGCCCUGCUGAACAAGAGCAAUGGCAUCCAGUUCAAGAACAUCAGGAACAGCGGAGACAGCAGGAACAUCUACCAGGAGGUUGGGCCUCCACAGGUCCCUGUGAGGCCGAUGGCCUACACCCCGUGCUUCCAGAGUGACUCGCGGAAUAACCUGGACAAGAUAGUGGAUGGGCUUGGCGUGGAGCACCAGGAGAUGACAACAUUUCAUCCCGAGUCCCCCCGGAUCCUGACAGCCAGGCGGGGUGUGGUGGUAUGUAGCGUGGCUCCCAACUUGCCUGCGGUGUCUCCCUGCCGCUCCGACUGUGAUUCCAUCAGGAAGAGCACGUGGGAUGCUGGAAUGGAAAGUAAAGGGGUUGAUGACGCUGAAGAAGUGACCUGUUUUGCAGGAAGUAAUAAAGGCAGCAACUCUGAAGUACAGUCCCUCAGCUCCUUCCAGUCUGACUCAGGUGAUGAUAAUGCUUCCAUAGUGACUGUCAUACAGCUUGUCAACAAUGUAGUUGACACUAUAGAAAAUGAAGUGUCUGUCAUGGAUCAAGGACAGAACUACAACAGAGCGUACCAUUGGGAUACCUCAGACUGGAUGCCAAGUGCUCGUUUAUCUGACAUUGAGGAAGUGCCCAAUUUUGAAACGGCGGACGGAGGCUCGGCUCAUCAUGGCAGCACCAGAGAGCUGGAGACGGAUUACUACCUUGGUGGCUACGACAUCGACAGCGACUACCCACCCCCUCAUGAAGAGGAGUUUCUGAGCCAGGACCAGUUACCACCUCCUCUUCCAGAGGAUUACCCAGACCAGUACGAAACCCUCCCGCCCUCACAGCCGGUCUCGAUGGCAAACACGCUCAGCCCCGACUGCCGGCGACGGCCGCACUUCCACCCCAGCCAGUACCUCCCUCCUCACCAGUUUCCCCAUGAGACAGACACUGCAGGGGCUCAGACUGGGAAUGAAUUUAGUACUUUUGCUGUUGGCCCAAGUCAGAACACAGAAAACGUUAGUGCAGGUAAGAUGCCCUUAACCUUGCACAACUCUCUAGAUGCUUCCUCCUCUGACGUCUCAGCCAGCUGCGGCUUUGAUGACUCCGAAGUAGCCAUGAGUGACUUUGAAAGCGUGGAGGAACUCAAACUAGAAAAUGUGCACAUUCCAUUUGUAGAGACCCAGCAUCAGACACAAGUGUAAAAGGAAGCUCCUUUCUUCUUUCUCUUCUUCCUCUUUUUUUUUUUUUUCUGUUGUCAUUUGGUCCAAUUAAUAGUAUAAAUAUUGAGAAGAAAUUUUGCUGAAGGUGUAUCUAUAUAUAUUGGGCAAUGCAAAAAUACAGUAUAACCCAUUAUUAACUUGUUCAGAAAUGGUAUUGUAUGUGCAGACAUGAAGAGACCAAUUGUGUUAAGUAUUACACAUUACAAAAUUGUUACAGACAAUCUGGAGAGUGUGUACCUUCUAUUUAUUACCAAGAGUAAAACUUAUGAGGAAGGGGAAAAUGAUCUCAUUGCUGAAUAAAUUCUUCUUCUCCCUCCCACCUCCACCUAGGGUUUGGGGUUGUUUGUUUUUUUUGUUGUUGUUGUAUUAAAAGUGUUACAGUGUUAUGUUCUUCCUACAGUAUUAAAGAACUGGUAUGGAUGAUUCCAAGAGGCAAUGUUGCAUGAAAUAUUGUCAGUGAAAGAGUGAAAACAGUUGAUCGCUGAGGCUGCUAUGUACAUCACAUCAGAUGGCUUAAAAAACAGCAUUUACAAAUUGACAUAUCGAAGAUAGUCAUUUGUCCAUAAAUAUUUGUCUGUGGUUUCCUUUGUUACAUAAUAUUUCAUUCUACUUCAUGCACAUAUACAGCAACUCAUAUAUUCAACAGCAUAUAUUCACUGUAAAUCAGCCCACUUUGGUUGCCAUUUUUUCAACACAGUGUCAGAUGUGUGUGUACAACUUCACCGGUGAGAACUUCCUUUGACUUCUGCAUGUCGUGUGAAAAUGGAUCUGAAAGCAGUUGGAAAACCUAAGGUAUCCGUGUAACACAGAUGUUGGUAUUUUUUUAAUUCUUUGUUUGGGCAAUCUCUUCUUCAGCAGCAGUCAUCAUGCUGGAAUUAUUGCAGUAAAAUUAGUUGCAAUUAAGUUGCAUAAAACUAUUAAGUUCUAUCAUCUCAGAUUUUUAGUUUAACAUCAUUUGGCAAAUGUCCAUCCAUAGUGUCUAUGGGAAGAGCUCUCAGCUGCUGCAAACUGAUCAGUCGGUGGAACUGCACGGAUGGGUUGUGACAAAGAAUCUGGUUGUAGAUUUUCUGCUGGAUGUCCGUGUGAUUUCACAAGAUUUGAGAACUUCCAAAGGUUGUUUGCAGACUGCAGGAUGUCAUUGUGGAAUGAAGACAGCGGCGGCAUUACUGUGAUCUUAUGCUUCCCUCAGCCUUGUUGGAGUAAAUGGCCUUUCGCAAUGAUUGGCCUGAACAGCCCAGUGCAGUAUGGAAAUGUGGAUUUGCACUCAGUGUAUACAUACCCAUUGCUCAGUGCUAAGAAAAUGUUUUACCACUGCUUUUUACAUCAUCUUUAUACCUUAUACAAUGAAUGUGAGUCUGUAGUCUACAUAACUGCUGGACUUUCAUCCAUUCCUGCCAUGGCAUCACUCAGUCAUUUUGAAAAGCUGUUGAAUGCAUGUCAUUGUUAUUAAUGAACAGAUUAAUAACAGAUUUCUUGUGCCACUUUCCAUAUCCUGCCUCUUGUUCAAACAUGGAAUAGUUUCAGCAAUUGUGUUCUCAGAUGUGUUCUUGACUGAGCGGAGUUUCACACAGAAUUAAGUUGUGGGUCUUUAUAUUCACAAAUCACCCCCAGCAAAAAGAAAUUGUUAAUAGAAUAUAAUUGAAGUAAUUAUAGCUUGUAACACUUUUAAUAAAACGGGAUUUCUAAAAUUCUCAGAAGCAGGUAUGAUGUGCAGUAACUCUUCAUUAGAAAACAGCUUAUUAUACAGGUACAUGAAUAAAUUGAGUGAGCUUUUGGAAAGACCACAUACUGCACAUAACAGUAUUGUCAGGUACUUGUCUGCCAAUAGUUUGUGUCCACUGAAUUUAUGAAUGUCACUUGGUCUUCUCAAAGUAAACAUACUUCUGUAGCAGUGUUAUAUUCUGAAUGUUCACCUCCCUUUCCCUCUCAUUUUCAAGAAAAAAUAAUGGAAAUUUGUAUCACAAGAACUGAGGGAUUCUAUGAUUUGCCAAUGAGCUAUGAAGUGGUUUAGCAAGCCUCAAAGCGCAGACAGAGGAUGAUGUGCAUUGUUCAUCAAGUCAGUGUUGCAGAAAAGCAGAUGCAAGAAUUAGAUUGAUAUCUCUUCAAGGUUAGGAACAACUGAGUGAAAAAGCAAAACUGGAAGUUUGCUUAUAGCUUACAUGAGGUUUUGCUCCUACUCAGUUUUGGUGUGAGACAUUUCUAUCUGUCCUGCAAUUAGUUCUCUUUUAGCCCCCAGUUAGCUAUGAAGUGUUCUUUUCAUCAUUCUUCUGUAGUAAGCCUGAGACACUGAUUCAAAACUGUGCUGGGACAUAUCAAAAGUGUCCCAAGGGAGAGCACCACAGAAGCUUAGCAACUGCCAUACAGAAAAGAUCAGUAUUUCUUACCAAGUUUGUUGCCUCAGUAAUAUCUUGUUGAUAGUGAAUUUUACUAGUAAAGUAUGCAUAAAUACAAUGUAUAGUACUUUUUCUGUUUUGAUGUUGUUGCCAUUGCAUUUCACUGAACAUCUACUUAUUAAAGUGCUGUGGGGAAAGUGCCAAGGAUCACCCAUUUGUCCUUCUCUAUCCCAUCGUGCUUUCUAUACCUCAAUAUCUCCUCCCCUCCAAAUGAAGUAGUCCCAAAUUGAUUGUUCUAUCUUCAAACAAAUGCCCCUCUGUGGAUAUUGGAACUUCUGUACCUGGCCUGUAUGAUUCUGUUCUGGCUCUUUUUGAUGGUGAUAAGACCUGAAUGCAGAGAUCAAAGUUAAAUAUUUCUUAGGGAGUAAGACUUUUGCAUUAACAUCUCUCUUGUUAAUCCAAGCCAUUUUAUUAUCCUUUUUACUACUGCUCUACAUGGAGAAGCCCUAAAUUUCUGGAAGAUAACAACCCUCCCAACCUAAUAUAAGAAUUAGUGUUCACGUUGUUCCAUCCAAUAUAUAUUUAUUUUUCUGCCACAAGCAGCAAAUUUAUAUUGCUAUUGUGUCAUUCCCAGCUCCCUACUUUUGUUUCAGCUUCCCUUGCCAUCUCUGCUGAUCUGAUUGGCUUUGGUCCUAUCUCUGUAUUUCAGUUUGUGUUCCUGUAGAUGGCUCCACUACACGAUAUUUUCUUUCAGGAUCAGCUAUGAGGAGAGAUUUCAUAAUCUUAAAUGAUUUCUCUAGCAGAGUCUGAAGCAGUGCUGGCUUUCAUGCAUCUGUACCCUCAGAAACUCAGCCUGGAUGCAGCACAGGGAAACAAUGCAUGCCACUGAAAUGCUGAUUAAUAGAGAGGCAGUAGCCUGUUUGCUCAGAGCCAGGCAAGUGGUAAACUUCAAGAAUGUGGCAUAAAAAUUGUUGCUGUUGGCUCAAUUAAACAUUCAUUAUGAAAAGAAAUAUGGACAGGACGAGUGGUUAAAACCAUGAUUUACUCCUCAUCAAGUUCCUGCUAGGAAAACUAAAGGAAUGCUAUAGUGUACCCUUAAUAAAUGCAAACAUGGGAGGGUUGAAGGUGCCCUGGACCAGUUUUUCUAAGUUUCAUUUGAAAAGGUAAUGUGCUUAAUAAUGGAGAAAAAUAGCUAUUUAAAGCCAGUAGUGAAUGUACAUCUGUGCUCUGUUGGUGUUUUUUGGAGCUAUUAACUGAGUAAUAAUGGAUAUUUUACAGGCUUCCAAAGAGAGAGUUAUAUUUUCAGGUUCAUUCUCUGAUGGUUUACCGCCAUUCAUCAUGUAGUAAAACUGUGCUUUUUGCCUCUUUCCAUCAAUACACCAAAUUGUGAAUUGAGCCUUAGCAAUUGAGAGUGUUGCUCAUUGUCCAUGGCCAUUAACCCGUGCUUCAUGAACUUGACAUUUAACAUCUCCAUUACCAGACGGGGCAUUCAGUUAGUAAAUCAGCUGCAUCAUCCAAGGGAUGGGUGGGUGGGAAAGAAAUGAAAUUAAAUUCAUUUUAUUCUGUAAUAAUAAAAAGCAAUAACUACAAAUGUGUCGUAUUACACAAAGGCCAUAAGUAAUCUUUACCAGUGUUAAGAGUGCAUUUGAACUGUACUACGGAAAGAGAUCGGAGCCCUCGGAACUGUAGCAUUCUUCUGUCAUAGGAAUACCUGAAUGGCUGUUAUUUAACAAUGCAAUGAGCCCAUACUGCCACUUUUCAGGAGGUGACAAAGAUGUUUAUGAAUGAAAGCAGUUCUCUUUAAAGCACUGUAUCGGAAAAGAUUGUCUUGUAAAUUUUACCUGUUGCAAGCAGGCUGGUUUGUAAAAGAUGUAUGUUUUGGUGUUUAAAAAGAAGUUUAUAAAAUAAUGUAUAUAAUGGUUUCAAAUUACCAGGCUUUUGUAGAUAUUUGAUGCCAAUCAGGUCGCUUUAAUUUUUGUUCCUUUGUUUGUUUGUUUGAUAUCAUUUUGAAGAGUCAUCAAAGUCGGUUUAAACUUUUGAGGUAACAGAAAAAAAAAAGUUUUAGAUUUGAAAAGUGGUACUUUUUAAUCAUUUCACAAUGUACUGUAACUCCUUGGUUCAGCUCUUUUUGUUUGACUUUUUCUGUUUUUAAGAAGACUUUUUUAUUGACUUUUUUUAAAUGAAAUGUGUUUUGCACAAAAAUACCCAAGAGAUCUGAUUUCUGUGCCAUUUCAAAUAGGUAUUAAGAGAUGUCAUUUCUCCAGUGACAACAAAUUCAACCAUAUGCAAAAGGGAAGGUUUAUCACUUUGAAUGGGUAUAGUCCCUCAUCCAAAAACUAAUUGUUCCUUCAUAAUUGCUGUUGGCAGUAUUGUCUUGUGUUCUUUUGCUAUAAAAACAAAACAAACAAACAAACAAAAAAAAGUGUACAGGUUUGUAACUGCCAAAAUUUGCUAAAGUUGAUGGUUAAAACAAAUUUUCCAAGUAAACAAGAAGAAAAGCCUA